AUGCGCAAUACAGUUGGAGAGGUCGGAGAGCUGCUGAACGGUAUCGUAUCAGAGUUCGAUGGUCUCACCGAAGCCACUUCAGAUCGACUCGAACUCGCCAUAAUAGGAACUCUCCGAAAAGACGUAGCUGUUGACCGUGAUCGCGACGACAACACUCAUUACUGCAAGACCAGAAGUACUGGGUCAUAG